AACUGGAAGGGGAAAAGCCCACAUGUUGCGACUGCGUUGUGAACGAGCGUGAACGAGGCUCUGCAAAUUUGGGCGCGAUAUACGUAGAGACUGCUGACGAAUUUUGUUAUAGAGUUUGGUCAACGCUUAUGAACGUGAGACAGGAAACGUGUGGUAGUGUCAUCGCACAUUUAGCAUUAAAUGACUAGUAUGAGUGAGAAGGAACACCGAAGGCAUCGUUCUUCUUUUGAUUAUGGCUAUGAAACGAAGACACCGCUUGGGAAACGUCUGCACCAUAGAUCAUUUUCUGAAAAGAGGGCAUGCUCUCCUUCAAACAGUUUUAAUGAUGAUUCUUAUGCAUCUAUUGUAAAGAAGCGAAAAAUUUCACCGCAUCCUUUAUUGGACGGCUAUCAGCUAGUAGGAGACAGCCUAUUACUACGGUUCGCCGAACAAGUUCUCUUUGAGAGAUGUAUUUAUGAUAAUGGAAUGCGGUAUCUAGGUUUAUGUGUGAGUGGCCAAACAAUUGAAGAAUUAAAGGAGCGUGUAGAAAACAAAUUUUCUCCAGUUGGAGAAAAAAUCAUUCUUUUGAUUGGAACUAAUAAUAUUUUGCAGGGUGCUUCUGCAGAUGAUAUGAUAGAUUCAUUGGUAGAAUUAUUGGAUCUUCUUGAUGAGAGAGCCAAGAGAAUAGUUAUAUUGACUUUACCUCCAAUUCCAAAGUUAGAGAACGAUGGGAGGUUUUGGUAUAAAUUUAAUAGCUACAAUGGUUUCAUCAAAACUUUAGGUAUUAAACGUGAAAAUGUCACUGUCGAAGAUAUUUCUAAACUUUUCCUGGAGGAAGAUGAUUAUUGCAAUAUGAGCUAUUUUGAAAGAUGGUACGACAGAUUGCAGCGACGACCUGAUUUAAUUCAUUUAAACAGGGCUGGACUAUUAAAAAUUAAAACUCACUUAUUGAAGAAAAAUGUGCUAAGUGAGGAGGAAUCUUAGAAGAAUCUCUUGUACUUAAGCCAGUACCAAUAAUUCUCUGUAAAGAACUAUUUGCAUUGAAAUUGCCAAGAUAGGCACCUUAUUUUAGUUGAGAUAAUUUUUACAGUGUAUUGUAAAAUUUUAUGAGAUUAGUUUAUUAACCGCUAGUGGGGAAAUUGCACCCCUCAUAUGUAACAUACUUUGAUUAAGUUUUUUGUAAUGUUUAUUUUGACAAUUACAACGUUGACAAACAAAAAAUAAAUACGUAAAAUAACUAUUUUUUCUCCACCGCUUUGUCUUCCUCCAACUCAAAUGCUUCUCCAGGCAACUUGUUCAUCUUUAGGAGCUCUGUGAAAACCACAAGUGC